AUGAUAUCGAACAAUCACUUAUUACUAAUAUUUAUUUUUACAUUCAUAAUAAGUAUUUAUUCUGAUGAAUUAUUCGAUCUAAACAAAAAGUUUAUUUCAACAUACGAUCAUGCUCGUGAUUAUUUAAUUUCAAUAACUAAUCCAUUAAUCAUAUGUAAUGGAGAUAAUGUUGUAAUUAUUCAUCGUGGCAAACGUUAUCAAGAACAAGUCAUACCUAAAUUAUAUCAUGAUUUAAAAUCAAUAUCACAUAUGCCAUUCAAAAUCUAUCUAACAGUUAUGUUUAAUUUAGGAAUAUUAUCUGAUGAUAACUAUACUGAGCUAAAACAAUAUCUACAGGAUAUUCGUUCUAUUCGAAAUUCUAUUCAAUUUCCAACAGAUAUUCAACAGACUCAAUAUGAUAUCAUUGAUCUCUCAAUAGAAUAUUUAGAAACAAUUUUAAAAACAAAAUUUAUUGAUCAAACUCAGCUGAAUGAAUUUUGUCAACAAGCACGACAUUUAUUUUCAGUUAAUAUUGAUUUAGCAGCACGUGCACAACUUGAUAUGCUUGAUACAAAAAUCAGACCAUGGUAUGAAGAACGUUUUAAUGAUACAGAACGAAAUACAUUGAAAAUAUUAAUUAUGGGUCCUAAAACAGCUCGAUAUGGCUAUAUUGAAAAAACUUAUUUUUAUGCAUUACUUGGAGAACGACAAGAAGGAAACCAUAUUAUCUAUGCAGAAAAUAUUGACAAUGAACAAAGAGCCUUAGAGAUCUUAGGAGUGUGGCUUCUAGAUGCAAAAGCUAGUGCAAGUUUUUUUAGUGGUGAUAGUGAACGAUUACAUCGAGAUGUAUUAGCUGAUGCAGGAGUUGCUCAUAUUAAACGAAUAUUCAAGACAUCUAAAAGUGAACUAUGA